CAGCGGAUGUGGAACCUUGGUGGCUGGAUGCAACAGAGGGGACACGCUUGAGAAGAGCACGAGUCUCACAUUUUUCCCCCCACUUCCAAGGCAUUCCCAGCAGCAGUGGCCUGGCCACCUUCUCCUGUGGCCAUGGAAAACUCCUCCCUCCCCAGGACCAAUUCCUCACGUGCAGACUGCACUGAGACAGACGAUGGGGGUCUGAAUAUGUCCACUCCCACACCAAGACCCAGCUUCUACCUCACAGUGCCAAUCAUGUACUCAGCCAUAUGUGCUGUGGGGCUAAUAGGCAACACCGCUGUCAUCUAUUUAAUCCUCAAAGCCCCAAAUGAAACAGUCACCAACAUCUUCAUCUUCAACCUGGCUGUUGCUGAUGACCUCUUUACUUUGGUGCUACCCAUGAAUAUUUCUGACUACCUGCUCCUGCGGUGGCCGUUUGGAGAAUUCAUAUGCAAGCUCAUCAUCUCCAUAGGCCAGUACAACACCUUCUCCAGCAUCUGCUUCCUCACUGUCAUGAGCAUUGACUGCUACCUGGUUGUGGUGGCCACCACCUAGUCCAGGAAGAUGUCCUACCGCACCUACCAAGCAGCCAAGAUUGUGAGCCUCUGCAUCUGGACCUUUGUCGCAGUCAUCAUCCUGCCCUUCACUGUCUUUGCUAAGAUAUACAAGGAGCAGGGGCGCUCCCAGUGUGUCUUCAUGUUCCCACAGCCCGAGAGUGUGUGGUGGAAAAGCAGUCAGAUCUACACCCUUAUUUUAGGCUUUGCCACCCCAGUGUCCACCAUAUGCAUCCUCUACACCACCAUGCUGUGCAGACUGAGAUGUGUGCACCCCCAUUGCAAUGCAAAAGGCCUGGACAAAGCCAAAAAAAAGGUGACGCUGCUGGUGGUUUUCAUCCUGCCUGUGUGCCUGUUCUGCUGGAUGCCUUGUCACCUUAGCACAGUGUCCCUCUCAUAGUCAUCUGCUCUUCUCAGGUGACUGCAGCACAGAGUGUGCUUUUUCUCCAGCCUCCUUCUGACAGCCCACAGGGCUUCAGACUGUGUCACUACAGAAGACACAAACUGGAGACUGGUGGAUCCUUCCCUAUUGUCCUGCACUCAUUUCUUCAGCAGUGCUCUCCACCCCUUGCCAUGCUUUUUUUUUUGUUGUUGUUGGUUAGUUAGUUUGGGGUUUUUUAAAUCCUUUCUCUCUAAUGUGCUUUUUCUCCUAUGUUUGCAGCUCACAGAACUGCAGCAGGUCCCUUUUCCCUCUUUUAAUGGUAUUGCUUUGCGAGCUAAAGCC